AUUCCAUUCAUUGUACUCAGUCAUAUAGAUUUCUAGACUUGCAUUUCGGGAAAUACAGCGCACCAUGGUUCGCAAGACAUCAUCUGGCUUCUUCACCUCCAUCCAUGAAGACCUCCCACUCCAUGUGUCUCGAGGAUAUGACCGCAUGGUGCAGCAUACAGCCUCCACUCUGGCAUCCAGACCUCCCUCUCCUCAGAAACGGUUCUCGCCAGAGAAAUAUACUCAGCCUUAUCUCGAUUUCAUGACCAAUAACCCUACCAUUUUCCAUGCUGUUGAUGCCUUCACAACCCAGUUAGAAGAAGCAGGAUACGUUUAUCUGUCCGAGAGAACAACGUGGGAGAUCAAGCCAGGCGGGAAAUACUACACGAAGCGGAAUGGCAGCGCCUUCAUUGCCUUUGCAGUUGGCAAGGAAUAUAAAGCUGGCAAUGGCAUGGGAAUAGUGGCUGGUCAUAUCGACGCCCUUACUGCAAAGGUGAAGCCUGUGCCUAAGCUACCUACUAAAGCUGGCUAUGUACAACUCGGUGUGGCUCCCUAUGCUGGAGGCAUGAAUAUGACAUGGUGGGAUCGUGACCUCGGCAUUGGUGGCAGAGUUCUAGUGAAAGGAAAGGAUGGGAAGAUCAAGGAAGAGCUUGUGAAGCUAGACUGGCCGAUUGCCAGAAUACCUACCCUCGCACCACAUUUUGGAGCUGCUGCAUCAGGGCCAUUCAACCUGGAGACCAAUAUGGUUCCUAUUGUGGGCAUCGACAACUCCGAUCUCUCGGGAAAGCAAGAGUCGAGCCUGAAUUUACCAGCAGGAACGUUCGUUGCCAGUCAACCUGAACGUCUGGUGCGAGCAAUUGCCGGGAAGCUGGGCGUUGAGGAGUACACUUCCAUUGUCAAUUGGGAACUGGAGCUUUUUGACGUCCAGCCGGCUCAACUCGGCGGGCUUGAUAAAGAAUUCAUUUUUGCAGGCAGGAUCGACGACAAGUUAUGCUGCUUUGCAGCUAUCGAAGCUCUACUAGCGUCGUCCGACGAUGCAUCCCCGGGUAUUGUCAAAAUGGUCGGAUGUUUCGAUGACGAAGAGAUUGGCUCAUACCUUCGACAAGGUGCUCGAAGCAACUUCAUGUCAAGUGUGAUUGAGAGGAUCGCCGAGAACUUUUCGAGCUCUUGCGGACCUAACCUGGUCAGCCAGACUUUGGCAAAUUCAUUCCUGGUUUCCUCAGACGUUAUCCAUGCCGUCAACCCCAACUUCCUCGGAGCAUACCUCGAGAACCAUUCUCCACGAUUGAAUGUUGGUGUAUCAGUGAGUGCCGAUUCGAACGGACACAUGACCACCGACAGCGCAUCGACUGCCCUGUUAUCUCGGAUAGCAGAGAAGUGUGGGAGCACUCUACAGGUGUUCCAGAUACGAAACGAUUCACGGAGUGGUGGCACGAUUGGACCCAUGACGAGCUCGAAGCUGGGUUGCCGAGCCAUCGAUUGUGGUAUACCUCAGUUGAGCAUGCACUCGAUUCGAGCCACGACGGGCUCGCUUGAUCCUGGUCUGGGUGUGAAACUCUACAAGGGGUUCUUUGAUUACUAUGAAGAGGUGGACAAGGAAUUUCAAUGACUUCGGGCCUAGAAUAAGACUAUAGACAUGUAACAAGAUAGCUUACUAUAGAACAUCACCUGCCAUAUCAAUGAGCAAUAAGUGCAGG